GGACAAGACCGGGAGGGCCGGUGACGGACGGGAGGGGCAGGGUGAUCGCGGGGCUGCAGGCAAAGAGGCCAAAGCAGCAGGCCUCGCGAUAGAAAAAAAUGAAGGUGUUGGGAGGAGGGGAGAUGGCGCAGGGGGGAGAUGAGAUGGGAUGGAGGAUGGAGGAUGGAUGGGGGAUGGCGGGCGUGGUGGGAGUUUUUGGUGGGAGCUGCGUGCGAAUCGAAGGGAAGGGAGGGGGAAAGGGAAAGGGGGGGUUGCUCCUGCCAGCCUCUCGCCCACACGUGCCACACUUGCCCAGCUUCCAGCCCAGGUUAUGAGAGCCUGGAGCUCGGGCCACGGAGGGGCUGCCCGAUUCGAACAUGGAAUCGUCACUCAUUUUAUUUUGUUUUGCGUGUUGGAUGCGCGGCUUCUUUUUCUUUUCGCCGCCGUUUCAUGAUGAUUCUUCCUUUUUUCCCUUUUCUUCUUCUUCCUCUUCUUCUCCCAUCAUGAAUUAAUUGAUCAUCAGCUUUUGUUUUGUGUAAGUGCGCAGACAGCAGCAGCA